UAUUCAAAAGCGGUACGCCCUCUCCCAGUUGUUAAGUGUAAUCAAGCCAUUAGGCUCCAAGUCCUCCUGGAUCAUCAGGACGGGGAUGUUCAGCAUAAGGCUGGUGAUUGCUUUCAACUUAAUGGUCCAUUGACGUACUACCCAAAUCCUAAUGUGGAGAUCUUAGGGAUUAUACAGCCACUUGUUGUUAAAGAUGGACAUGCACUGAAGAUGAAAGCUACACAGGAAUUUACUGACACGAAUGGAAGGGCUCGAGUGACAGAUGAGAUGUGGUUAGUCCGCACACCAGGGGCGUACUUACCAGGUGUAUUUGAGGAGUAUGUGGAAGAAAUCAAAGCUUACGUUCUCAAUGACAACAUAGGCUUACACAUGCUUGCGGAGCAUAACUGUGUUGAUGCUCUGGGACGAAAGCGAAAAGCAGGCCAAAGUUGGCUCAUCACUAAGGACCAAGCAGAGGCUUAUAUUCCAGAGAUUGGAGAGGUUGUGACAAAUAUAGUCCAGAAGACUGUUCUAGCCAAAGGCGAAUACUGUGUCAUUUAUGACCCAGUGGAUGCAGCAGGAAAGGUGCAACUGGGUCAGAAAGAACUCCGCAAGGGGGUGUCAUGCUUCUUCCUUCAUCCAAAUGAGGAAAUUUUUCAUGGCAUUAAGAAAGAAUUUGUAUUAUCAGAGGAUGAGGCAGUUGUGUUAGUAGCUGUUGAAGCAUUUAAGGAUGAUGCAUUUCCAGGUAAACCAAUUAGAAAUCCAGGUGACAGGUGGAUGAUCAGGGGUCCAGCAUCCUACAUUCCACCCAUCCAGGUGAAAGUGAUGGACCAAGGGCUUAAACAGUUUGUGAGGAAAGCAAUUUCUCUUGCGGAGAAUGAAGGCAUCUACAUUCGUCAUUUGCAGACAGGAAAGAUCCGAGCCGUUAUGGGACCUCAGUCAUACUUACUGGAGGAAUAUGAGGAAUUGUGGGAAAAAGAGCUAUCCCCUCUAGUUGAGGAGAUUUUGAGGAAUGGUGGCGGGUGCGGUGCUGACGACAUUCGAAAGAUGGCGUACUUUGAGGCUUCUAUCGACUCCCAGUAUGCCAAUAAAAAAGGUCGAGACAAGACUAGAGUUGUCACAUAUCGUUGCCCAGGAAAUACUGCAGUUCAGGUUUAUAAAUACAAAGAGAAAACAGGCAGAGUUGUUUUUGGUCCAGAUAUGGCAAUCCUAGGACCUCAGGAAGAUUUCAAUAUCCUUAGUCUGAGCGCUGGCAAGCCUAAACGUGAAAAUGCACUCCAGACCAUCUGUUUAAUGCUUGGCCCUGACUACAUCACAGAUAUUUUGGAGGUAGAGACAUCUGAUCAUGCAAGACUAAGAAUCAAAAUCGCAUGUAACAACCAUUUUGAGGUGGUAAGAGGUGAUAAUAAAUCGGAGCAAGCUAUUUUUUCAGUUCCAGAUUUCAUUGGAUUUGCUUGUCGUGAAAUCGGGAGCCGAAUCCGUGGGGCAGUAUCUCGGAUUCGGUUUGAUGAAUUCCACAAGUACUCGAUGAAGAUACUUCGUGCAGCUGUCUUUGGUGUGGACACCAAAGGCAAGGUGCUCGACAGACUGUAUUUUGAAGCAAAUCAUUUGGUUAUCACCAAUGUUGAUGUGCAGAGCAUUGAACCUGUAGACACACACAUGAGAGACAGUUUGAUGAAGUCAGUGCAAAUGGCAAUCGAAAUUGCAACAAGAUCCAUUGAAGCAUCGGCAGAACAUGAGGCAAGCAGAAUGGAGCAAGAGGCCAAAGGUCAACUAGAACGUCAAAAGUUGUCAAAUGAGAAAGAUGCAGAGAAGGCCAGAUGUCAACUGUAUUCAUUAAGGGCGGUGACAGCGGCUAUAGAAUCGAGUGGCCAAGCAAAAGCAGAAGCAUCGGCACAGGCUGAGAAACUUCGGAUAGAGUGCCAGAGCGAAAUAGUGUCUGCUCAGCUGAAGGCCCAGGCUGAGGAGAUCCUGCACUCUUCGGACCUUAGCACCAAGUGUAUGCUUCGUGAGUUUGAGCUCACCAACCUUCAAGACAAGAAUAACCUAGAGACUAACAAAGCUAAACGCCUCACUUCAAUAGAAGUUUCAAAGUUUAAGAAGGUAGUUGAAACUCUUGGUAGAGAUACAAUAACAGGUAUUGCUGUAGCUGGUCCAGAAAUGCAGGUGCAGCUGCUUAAAGGACUUGGAUUGCAGACUACAUUUAUCACGGAUGGCAACAAUCCAAUCAACCUCUUCAAUACAGCACAGGGACUUGUGGGUAAUAAUUAAAAUGGAUGCAAUGUGCAGGAAGCCAUGUUGAUACUAUGCACACUAUGAUCCAUCCUUAUAGACGUCAUCGGAAUCAACAUUUUAGAAGAUUCCCGAUUACAUAAUACAGUGUUGUGCAGAAAUAUUAUUUAACCUAGGCCUAGAUACCUUUUAUUGAAAUCAAAUUCUAGUAGAAUUCAAAUUUUAAAGAUUUAUUAAUUUAACAUAGAUAUAUUUUAUAACUAAAUAGUACUAGAGCAGGGAAAAUUGCAAUCUCUGAUAAUAUGUUUUUUAUAUUUUUGUAAUCAUGAUUUUAUUUACUAACUACAAUGUAUGUUAAAAAAUUAGGUUCAUAGUAGUAUCUAAGGCUUGGCUUGUCUGGCUUUUAGCAAAAUAAUUAGCAAACUGCCUACAAGUGGUAAUGUUAAUAUUUUUAAACAUAUCUGUGCUAUCCAUAGUAUCGAAUACUGUUUACCCCAUACUCCCCAAGUGUUAAGGUUGAUAAAUAGAACGGAGCUCUCCAGAUAGGCAAAUAGGCAAUAAAUGGACACUGAAAAUUCACUGGAUACAGAAGGUGGACAAAAUAACGUUUAUUUAUUAUGUAAUAUGAAGCACACCAAGACCUUGUUGGCAUGGUGUGCAGUAGUGACUCCAGAAAUUUGCUGAUUGGUGGGGGGGCAAAAAUUCUGACAGGGGUUCUGAACCAAGGGGUUGUCUAGAGCCUUGUUCAGGGUUCCGGAAUAAAAUCCCUGGUGAAGGUCACUGGGAGAGAUUAUAUGGUUAGGAUGGCCCAAAAUUUACAAUACUAGGGAUUGGCAAUCACAGUAACUGAUUGGACUGAAUGACCUUGCCAUGGCAUGGAGGGCAUACAGGCUUAUCAAACACUACUACUGUAUGUACAGUAUUUCUAAUGCCGCCAUAUGUGUACCCUUUAUAAUAAGUAUAGUCUUUUAUCCUGUGAUUGUAAUGUAAUAUGUAUGUCAGACUCUAAAAAUAUUUUUAUGUUAAUUAACAACUUUGGAAAUCUGUACAAUCAUAGAAGUGGCUUGGGGUUUGAAACUCUCGCUGUGCAAAUCGCUUGUGUCCUUGGGCAAGGCACUUUAUCUACGGUUUGUCUCUCUCCACCCAGGAGUACAAGUGGGUACCUGGUAGGUUCAAACGCAACCAUGCACUGAUUACAGCUGCAACAUUAUGGAAUUCUCUAGUGGGGCCUGAGUGUGUGUUCCAUAAUGUGGUUGAUCUAAUGACCGGUGGUAAUAAUACUAAGCGCAUAGAGUUCUUUACAAUAUGCGCUAUUAUAAGUCGACAAUUAUUAUUAUUGUUGUUAAAAGCAGAAUAAAAACAUUCAUGCAUAAAUACUGCUUAUCAGUAUUAAUUGGGAACUAACAAGUACCUAUGAAUAUUCAAUUAUGCAUAGCAGCUGCUUAUGAAUAUUUAUUCAUUUAUUCCAAGCAUGUAUGGAUAUUCAAAUAAAGAGUUGCAUCUCAAUAAUAAAACAA